AGAACUUUGCCCUUAACCAUCUCGCUUGAGUUCUAUCCUUCAGUGUAUCUCCUUGUAUCCUUAGCUUCCGUUUAUUCUGUAGCCAUGUCUGACUGGGAAGAAAACGAAUCUGAAUCAGCCGCUGCCGCGCCAUCUGCACCUGCUGCACGGAAACCGAUCGUACUGAAGAAGAGCAAGUGGGAGGGAGAAGACGAAGAUGGCGAUGGCCCUGUGAGCGACUGGGAAGAGUCUUCCGAAGAGGAAGAGAAACCCAAGGCUGCACCUGUUGCACCUCCGAAGAAGAAGGGAACACUGAAAGCUAAGCUUGCCGAAAAGUCGGCUUUGAAAGCAAAGCAAGGAAAUGAUGAGGAGGAGGAUGAAGAGGACGAAUACGAUGAGGAUGCCGUCCUUGACCCUCGAGAGAAAGCACGUAGAGACAGGGAGAAGGAACUCAAGGCAGAUCUGAGUAAUGCUGCAGAUCUUCUAGGUGCUGCGGCGUUAGGAGGCACAUCUUCGUCCGAACUUGACUCCCUCAUAUCAGCACAACCGAGAACCAAGGAGGACUUCAUCAAUUUCUCGAAUAACAUCAUCGCCUACAUCAUCAAGCGUCACCAGGACCAGCCUCUGUACGCUUCCUUCGUAGAGCACCAUGUUAGAGAACUUGCCAUGCCUCUGCGUGAUGUCGAGGUUCGCAAGGCUGCGAGCGGUCUAACGACGCUAGCAAACGAGAAGCAGAGGGAGCAAAGGGACAAGGCUUCUGGUAAGAAAAAGCCAAAGACUACGGCAAAGCCUGCCCUGGGAGCUGCGAAACCUUCGAGCAAGCUUGAUACCAGCAUCUAUGACGAGGCUUUAGAUGACUUUGGUGAAGGCCCUGACGAUUUCAUGUAGAAGUAUAUGGAACCCAAAUGAAAUGAUAUCCUUCAUAUGUCUCACUAGCUACUCUAUCUAUCAUACUAAAGCCUAAUGGAUACUAUCGCAGUACCAUUAAUUAUGAUCAUCCUUGCAGGGCGGCAUAAGUAGCCUGUUCUACAAUGCUUACUUCC